UGUGCCACUUUCAGGUCUCCUCACACACUGCUGGUGUGUUCAAUUUUUUGUCAUAGGGUGCUGGCAGAUUACGGGCCUCCUAUAGCUGCUGCCAGGCCCCUAAUCUGCCAUGGGCCCCUAUACCGCCUCCUCAUGCUGCUGCCAGGUCCACAGUCUCUCAUGGGUCCCUGUACGGCCUCCCAUUGCUGCUGUCUCCAUCGCCACACUCUGCCAUGUGCCACUUUCAGGUCUCCUCACACUCCUGCUGGUUUCCAUUUUGUCAUAGGUUGCUGUAUGGCCUCCCAUUGCUGCUGCCUCCACCGCCACACUGUGGCUCCAAACACUGGUUUUGGCCCCGUGACUGGCCAAAUGAGUGAAGUGUGCGGUGAUUCUAAGAUCGACGGCACUCAUCUGCAUGUCAUACUGAGUGACAGUAUUAUUUCUCUUCCCAGCAGACUCCAAGGGCAUUUAAAUUAAAGGUACAGUGUUCUGCACUAAUAUUA